AUGUCCUUCUUGUCUGCCUGUCGCAUCAACUUCAAGGAACUGCAUACAUCUGCAAUUUCUGAAUGUGGUUGCAUUGUGAAGUCCUGGGGGUUAGGACUUCAAAAUGAGCUCUCUCUGGAACAGCACAACCUCUCUUUGUACCCCGUGGAGCUCAUCCUGAAGAAAAGCACCAUGCACAGCGCUGCACAUGUGGCCUUAACAGAAACUUCUCCAGGGUCCCUGCACAGCAGUUCUCUCCCUGUCAUUCCCUCUCCAUCUGCCACUACUUUUGAUACAACCUUUUUUAAGCAAGGAGAACAGACCCAAAGUACAGCAGAUCACAGCCUCUUUGUGGCAAAUGGCGUGUCGGUGACAAGUAAUGAGGUGGCCAUAGAUGACGAUGAAAUGGAUAACUUUUUACCAGAUACUCACUGGGCCACUUCCCGGCUGGUUUCCCCACUAGAGCAUGUCACAGUCAGCCCACCAGGGCUGCCCAAAGAAAUGUGGGAGCCUGUGCUCAUUCCAUCACUACCCAUGAUUUCUUUACAAGAUAUAGAAGUGACAUCAGCCUGGCAAAGCACAAUUCAACGACCAACAACAAAUGCUGAAUCCCCCAGUCAUUCCAGUGCUUUUUGGUCAGCUUUUCCCACCUCCAAGGGCAUAAUUCCAACUCCUAGUAGGAAUUUGGUGCUUUAUCCUACUGACACUUACAGUGAGUUUUCAAGCAGGACUUUGCCAGAGAUUGUGGCUUCAGUCGCAGGGGAUGGGGAAACACUCCUUGCCAGCUCUGAGUUUUUUGUGCCUCGGCCGAUAGGCGAUGGCAUUACUCAACAGCCAUUUUCCCCUUCAGGGGAGGUCUCGCAGCCUCCAGAGGAUGUUUUGGCCACGAGUACAGACACAUACACUGAUGUGACCACUGCUUUGAGUCAACGUCUAGAAGAAACCGCCUUUCUAAGCACAUACCCAGCUGUCACUCCAGUGCAUCCGGUCCUGGCUCUCAGCAGCACGCUUUCUGCUUUGUGUUCAACUCCCCUUGCACUCGUGACCUUUUCUACUCGAUCGGCUGAUAUUUUGUAUAACCCCUUUCUUCCCAGCAACUCCAGAGAAACGUCACAAUUGCCUGGCAAUUCAGGGGUCCCCCGGCAUGCAGACAACACUCACAGCCUGAGCCCAGUGGCUUCAUUCAGACUGUACACGUGGUGCAUGUCCUGCAGUGUGGCGUCACCACGGCACGCUGUGGCCACGAGCUUCACGGAGAAAGACAUGGGGUCGGGGGAUGGUGCCGAGCCCCUGUCCAUGACCGCGUUGGAAGCGAGCAGCCUCCCUCCCCUGAGCAGCGUGGUGGCGGACUUCUCUGAGUUUGAGGAAGAUCCUCAAGAAUUUAACACACUUUUCCCUUCAAGACCUAUGGUCUCCCUUUCUUCUAGAUCUGUGGAAGUCUCAGAAAUGAGCUUUGGCAUUUCCGCUGGAGUGGAUACAAGUAGCGUGAUGACCACACAAGUGUACCCUUCCCACGGCCACCUCUCUGUUCCAGUGUCACUUGAUCCUAGUUUUGGCUCCUCUGUUGCUGAAGCCCAAGUGAUGCCAUCUGGUGUAACCACGGUGUUUUUCUCGGUCUUCACCAGUGUUCUUGACUCCUCUUUCUCUGUCACAGCAAACAAAAACAUGCCAUCGCUUGUGAUCAGAGACCCAAGUCCUUUUACGUCUUACAGUUUGGUUCCCUCAGUAGUGUCUUUGCUUUUCUCCGACCAAGACACUGCCCGUUUUUUCAAGCAUGAACCUGGAAGUCGGUUGGACUUUGCGUCCAGCUUUUUCUCAGCUCCACCGCUGGAAUCCAGCAGCUCGGUCACUUCGUCUUCAGAAGCACUUGCUUCCCCGUCUCUGGUGUCAAGCGAUUUGUCAGCCUUCGCGUCUCAGUCUUUUUCCACCAUGGUCGAGACAUUUACAUUGUCUGACUCUGUCAUGUUGCAGUCACCUCAGCUUUCUGUUCCUAAUUCCACAAAUGUUGAGUUUUCUCAGCUGUGGCCAAGUCCGGGCCUUCCUUUCAAUACAGUCACUUCUCUGCCUAGUCACUCUGAAAUGUCACCGCUCUCAAGCUUCUCCUCUGAUUCUCUCAAGUUCGCUGAAUUCGCUGAAGCAUCGGUGGUUUCACUGACAGAUUCUGAAGCUCGGUUUACCUCAGCUUUCACUGAAACUACCUCCUAUUUUGAGUUUUCACUCAUUUCCCAUGAAUCUGCCAUCACUACGCUGGUGCCCACCAGAUCUGACCCCGUCCUUGACAUCUUGGCUCCUGGGACUCAUGUCACAUCACUACUGACUGCUUUCCAUAUGACACCCGUUUUAACUGAGUCUUCUCUGUCCUCAACUCUGAUACCUUCUGACGACCAUAUCAGUGCCGGUGAUGGUCACACAUCUGUCUUGUCCUCUUUCUCCAAAGUCGUUCCUACCAGUACAGUAUUGAUCACCGACAUGGACCUGUCAUCAGCAUCCUCAUUUGUUUUCGAGGCGAUCCCCUCACCUCUGCCGACAGAGCCAGUGAUCGUGGGUCCAUCGUUCACGGCCACAGAUUUACCGCUCAACACCUCCACUGAACCGAGCGCGUCCAGUGCCAGUGGUGACGAUACCGUUGACACUGCCCUGAACAGCAAACCUGCGCAUCAGAACCCCCAUGGCAGCAGCGCUGCUCACCCCCUGCCGUCCCUGCAUCCUGUGACCACCUCCACUCUCCAAGCAGCAGCAGCUACUCCAGCACCGGCCACGGCCAGGCCGCCAUAUGUGUGUGAUAUUACAGUUCCCGACGCCUAUUUGAUCACAGCAGUGCUGGCCCGAAGAGCUGUGCAGGAGUACAUCAUUACAUCAAUCAAGGAAGUGUUGAGGAUUCACUUCAACCGUGUGGUGGAGCUGAAGGUUUAUGAACUGUUCACUGACUUCACUUUUCUGGUAACAUCUGGUCCUUUUGUUUACACGGCAAUAUCAGUCAUCAAUGUACUUAUAAAUAGUAAACUUGUGCGUGACCAAACUCCUUUAAUUCUCUCUGUGAAACCUUCUUUCCUCGUGCCAGAGUCCAGGUUCCAAGUUCAAACAGUACUUCAGUUUGUGCCUCCGAGUGUGGAUACUGGCUUCUGCAACUUCACCCAGCAAAUCGAAAAAGGUCUGAUGACAGCCCUCUAUGAAGUGAGAAAACACCACCUGGGGACGUAUAACCUCACAGUGCAGAUCUUGAAUAUCACCGUGGGAUCCUCAAGGCUGGCUCCUCGGCGGGGCCCAGUGAAUAUUAUCUUUGCUGUUAAAAGCACACAAGGAUAUUUGAACGGGUCAGAAGUGAGUGAGCUGCUCAGGAACUUGAGUGUGGUGGAGUUCAGUUUCUAUCUGGGGUACCCGGUGUUGCAGAUCGCGGAACCCUUCCAGUACCCACAGCUCAACUUAUCUCAGUUGUUGAAGUCCUCUUGGGUCAGAACAGUCCUCCUGGGCGUGGUGGAGAAGCAGCUCCAGAAUGAGGUGUUCCAGGCUGAGAUGGAGCGCAAACUGGCCCAGCUGCUGAGUGAGGUUUCCUCCAGAAGGCGCAUGUGGAGAAGGGCCACUGUCACUGCCGGGAACAGCGUGGUGCAGGUGGUAAAUGUGUCGAGGCUGGAGGGAGAUGACAAUCCUGUGCAGCUCAUCUACUUUGUGGAGGAUCAAGAUGGAGAAAGACUCAGCGCGGUCAGGUCUUCAGACCUGAUUAACAAGAUAGAUCUCCAGAGAGCAGCCAUUAUCCUGGGUUACCGAAUUCAAGGCGCCAUUGCCCAGCCUGUGGACAGGGUGAAGAGGCCGUCCCCGGAGUCCCAGAGCAACAACCUGUGGGUCAUUGUUGGCGUGGUCAUCCCGGUGCUGGUGGUGAUGGUGAUUGUUGUCAUCCUCUACUGGAAACUCUGCCGCACCGACAAGCUGGACUUCCAGCCUGACACUGUAGCCAACAUUCAGCAGCGUCAGAAGAUGUUGCUAUAAAUCAAAUGGACAGAGUUUCAAAUAGAACUUCCAGCCCUUGGAGUUACUCUUUUCCUUCAAGUGCUACAAGGAUCUGUGCAUACAAUUCUACAACAUAUUUAUAGGAAAGGUCUUCCACAUGGAGGAUUCCCCGAAGGAAUGACUAUCUUUUGACUCUGUUAGGAGGGCAGAACCUCGCCAGCAUUUCAGAAGCUUGGUCUCCUUUUGAUAGUGCAGUAGUAACCCACUGUACAGAUCUUGUCAUGUUUAUGAUAAAAAAAAAAAAGAUGACCUUCAUUUAGUUUAAAAACAAGAGUCUCUACUCCACGAGCAAAAUUUCUUCUAAGGUUAUGUGGCAAUAGUGAAAGGCCUUUAGCCUAUUGCGCAGGGUAAU